ACAAAAAUUAAUUCUUUCUCAUAAAAUUUUAUGUUAUAUAUUCAUAAUGUGUGAUUAUUGUUCGUGGAUCGAUCAAAUUUUAACAAGAAUUAGAAAUGAAAUAAAACCAGAGAAAAAGAAACGUCGUGUCUAUGUAGAUCCUGUUAUAAUAGUCCAUGGAGGUGCAGGAAAAAUUCCUCGUAACAAACGUAAACAUAUACUCUUUGAGGUUAAAAACGCAGCAAUUGAAGCAUAUAGCGAUCUUAUUAACGGUCGAUCAGCAGUGGAUGCGGUAGAAAAAGCAAUUUCUUAUAUGGAAAGUAGAUCAUUAUUUAAUUGUGGAAAAGGAGGUUCUUUAGAUAUUAAUAAUGAAGUUGUCAUGGAUGCUGCUAUAAUGACAACAAAAGAUGCUGGAUGCGUAGGUGCUGUACGUGAUAUAGAACAUCCGAUUUCUUUAGCACGAAAAGUGUUAGAAAAAACGGAACACAUCUUAAUUGUUGAAAAAGGAGCUCAAAAAUUUGCAUUGGAUCACGAAAUUCCAAUUUUACCGCCAAGUAGUUUACGUGAAUUCUCUUCAUUAAGUUCAUUCAAAUCCAUAAGUGAAUCAUUUGAAAAUGAACAAGAAGAAUGUGAAAUAAACGAAUUGAAAAAUGAAAAAAAUGAAAAAAAUGAAGAAAAUGAAAAAAAAAAAUGUGAUUCAAAUUGUGUUAUAUAUCGAUAUGAAGAAGGUGAAGUAUAUCCUCGUGAAUUAUCUGAUGAUGAUGUAGAUAUCGUAGAUGAACCAAUAAUUUUACAAGUAUGUUUUUUAUACUUUUGCUUUUCAAUUUUGAUUAAAAAAUCAUCAUAUUUGUCGAAUUGUAUUUAUAGAAUAUUAAUGAAAAAAUAA